AUUAGUAAAAAAUAUAUUUCCUUUGAAAACCGAGGAAAUUGAAUUUUGAAUGGUUCGGAGCAAACAAAGGAUGCGAUGUGGAAUUGUAUCGAGGAGAAGUUCUUCACGGCGAUGAACAAGGACAGCUCCUACCAAACCCGAGACCAACUCACUUCCAAAUGGAGCCACAUCAACCAUAAAGUCCAAAAGUUUAUCGGAGUUUACGAGGAAUGCUCCCGGUCCCGGAGGAGCGGGACGAACGACGCCGAUGUUCUCCGGCUUGCCACAGCUCGAUAUCAAGAUGACGGGCACCAAGGCAAGGUGCUCAUCGAUCUUUGGAGGAUUUUGAGCCGUUCCCCGAAGUGGCAACAACUCAACAAUCCCGACGGCGGAUCGUUCCGGAAAAGAUCCUCCGUCGACGCCGAGGUUGAGGUCGACGAGACUAUCUGUUCGUCCGAUCAAAUCCCUCCCUUCAACGUUGCAGAUUCCGAUGACGAGGACCCCAUUCCAUGGCCGAUCGGAAAAAAGAAGGCAAAAUCCAUUGCCUCGGGUUCGGGAGGGUCCGGCUCUGUUUCCGUUUCUUCUCGCGACAAAAUCGGCUGGGCAAUGUUUGAAGUUCCGUUAUUUGAUGGAAGAGCGGACUUCAUGUUGUGGCAAUGCACGAUUCAAGACUAUUUGGUCCAGCAAGGUCUUGAAUUAGCAUUGCAAGAUGAGAAGCCAAGUGAUAUGAAAGAAUCAGAGUGGAGUACAAUCCAGAAGAAGGCUGUCAGCACAAUUCGGUUGGCACUGUCCCCACAGAUUAAAGUGACAAUGCUGAAAGAGACAUCACCAAAGAAGCUGUGGGAAACGUUGGAGAGCAAGUUUGCGUCGAAGAGACUUACUAACCGGUUGAUGAUGAGGAUGGACUUGUACUCACUGAAGAUGGAAGAGGAAGAUGAGGUGACGACUGCCUUGAAGGAGAGUCAAAGGAUGAUGAUAGGUGAAGAGUCUUCCGGGGACAGUCAUUUACUAGCUGUUGUGAGUGUUGAGAAAGGGAGGAAGAAGAAGAGUGACCAACUUGGGAGAAGAUCUCAGCUGAGAGACAUGAGCACUGUUAGGUGCUAUUACUGUGAAAAGUUCGGUCACACGAAGAACGGUUGUCCAGAACUCAAGGAGGACUUGCAGAUCCUAAAGGAGAAGAAGGGCAAAUCGAAGGAAGCUUCUUUCGCAAAUGUGAUCACUUAUGAAGAUGAUCUCCUCUGAAGAUAAGAGCACUGCUGGACAGAAGAUUCUGCAGGAUGGGAGUAUCGCUGCAGAAAUCGCAAAUGAUGUAGGACUUUGAAUUAAGGAGAGAUUUGUUGAGUGUUACUUCAAAGUCCCACAUCGAUGGGAUAGGGAAAUUGAUGAGGGAUUGGAGCCUAUAAAUAGAGAGGGGGUAU